UAACUCUGAACGUCCUAGCGUGCUUUUGGCUCCAGCGGCACUAUUACAUAGGUCCGUGCUCCAAGCUCGCUCAAGGCAACUCACAGAUUACGGAAGGCAUUCGGUGACACCUCCAACCCCAAACAAUCACGACCACAGCAGCAACGAUUCCACUCUCUUUGAUCAUAGAUUAUCCACCAGUACCUUCGUAAUUACAGAACUCUCAUAUCAAAUCCCCGCAACACUAUUAUACGAUUGGAGAGCUGCGGUCCUCAUCAUGCCUUCCGCAACCGGCUCCAACUGGGAAAAGUACCAGAAGAACUUUGCCGACGAUGAGAUAGAGGAGAAGAAGAUUACACCUCUAACAGACGAGUGCGAAUGUCCUUCUGGAAAUGAGAGUGCGAUUAGUCCGCUAACACCAGCGCCAGGGAUAUUCAGGUUCUCAAGACGUACGGUGCCGCGCCUUAUGGUACAUCUAUCAAGAAGCUCGAGAAGCAGAUCAAGGAGAAGCAACAGAGUGUCGAUGAGAAGAUCGGCGUCAAGGAAUCCGACACAGGACUCGCGCCCCCCCAUCUAUGGGAUGUCGCCGCCGACCGUCAGCGAAUGUCUGAAGAGCAACCUUUCCAGGUGGCACGUUGCACGAAAAUCAUAGCUGACGAGAAGGGUGACGAGGCCAAGAGCAAAUAUGUGAUCAACGUCAAGCAAAUCGCAAAAUUCGUUGUCCAGCUUGGAGAGCGCGUCAGUCCUACCGACAUCGAAGAAGGUAUGCGCGUGGGUGUCGACAGGAACAAGUACCAAAUUAUGCUUCCCCUACCGCCCAAAAUCGAUGCGAGCGUUACGAUGAUGACGGUGGAGGAGAAGCCCGAUGUCACCUACGGCGAUGUUGGUGGUUGUAAGGAGCAGGUUGAGAAGCUACGGGAAGUUGUCGAAAUGCCUCUACUGUCUCCUGAGCGCUUCGUCAACCUCGGUAUUGAUCCUCCCAAGGGGGCCCUGCUCUACGGUCCUCCUGGUACCGGAAAGACCCUCUGUGCCCGAGCUGUUGCCAACCGAACAGACGCCACCUUUAUCCGAGUUAUUGGUAGUGAGCUGGUUCAGAAAUAUGUCGGCGAGGGCGCAAGGAUGGUUCGAGAGCUGUUCGAGAUGGCCCGUACAAAGAAGGCAUGCAUCAUUUUCUUCGACGAGAUCGACGCCAUCGGUGGUGCUCGAUUUGACGAUGGUGCUGGUGGAGACAACGAGGUUCAGCGAACUAUGCUGGAGCUUAUUACGCAGCUUGACGGUUUCGAUGCUCGUGGAAACAUCAAGGUCAUGUUCGCCACCAACAGGCCCUCUACAUUGGAUCCUGCCCUCAUGCGACCCGGUCGUAUCGAUCGAAAGAUCGAGUUCUCACUGCCCGAUCUUGAGGGCCGUGCUAACAUUUUGCGCAUCCACGCUAAAUCCAUGUCGGUUGAGCGGGACAUCCGGUGGGAGCUCAUCUCUCGUCUCUGCCCCAACGCAACGGGUGCUGAGCUGCGUAGUGUUUGCACUGAGGCCGGCAUGUAUGCCAUUCGCGCAAGGAGAAAGGUUGCAUCCGAGAAGGACUUCCUCAGUGCAGUUGACAAAGUCAUCAAGGGUAACCUUAAGUUCAACUCGACGGCGACGUAUAUGCAGUACAACUAGACAUACUCACCAUAAGGCAAGGUGUAUUUUAAUGCGGUGUAUGAAUACAGGGCAAUUGGAUGGCGGGAAUAUAGACGUCACAAUGAAAAAAUUGCUUCUAUGAACAUGCCCAAUAGUGAAUUACAUUAAUGACUUAGUUUGUGAUGCUCCCGAUGCCAUAUUGAUAUCUGCAGAAUCUAUCUACUGUGAAAUUACUCCCGUGGUUCAUUUGCAAUCCGAAUGCCACUAAACAAGACCAUCAAGGUCCUAAAAACCCGAAACACCGUUCCCGUGAUAUGCCCAUAAACGCUAACGUGCAAUAUGAGUCCAUUUCCGUACCAUCCAAAAGAGCAGAUCCAUCGCUCAAAAUACCCUGCAGAACUACCUUACCUAAGGCAGAUGUGUGCGCCCAGCUUAAGCCCGAGAAAACCAUCAUUAUUCGUCCACAAAUUCCUAUAAUGCCAUGCAUGUUCCGACUCAUGAGCCUUCCAUCCGGGAGAAGCAACCCAAGCAUGCGACGUCUCCUUCUGCUCCACGCUCAAUACUGCACAGACUGCACACAACAGCCCGGUGUCCAACAGCGUUCCAUCCCUUGUCCGCUUGCCGUGUUCCGUUCUUCGUAUCGUUCUGUUCUUGUUGCUGUCUGUCAUCAACAUCAUCCAUAUGGAACGACCUUGAAAGUACUUCUUGCUCCGAGACACCAGAGCCACCGUCCAGGUUCCAACCAUGGCAUUCUCUAAUACAAAUGAAGCAAGUGCGCUCGCCACAUCCCUGACAAUCUGCAAAGGAGUCGAGAUCAGAUUUCUUGGUUGGUUUGCGGUGGCAGAUGUUACAGGGAACAAGCAGAGCGCCUGUCACUCGAGAUUUGGCAAAGGCGGGCUGCACCGGCAGCAUCUUAAGUUGCGAUGAGCGCCGUCGGCGGUGGGGCGUAUUGAAAGAGAAACUGGAAGCGUUGAGACCGUCUGUAACGUGAAUAUCGUCGCCGGUAAUACGGGUUCGCUUCGAAACUGGAAGGACCUUUCGUAAGGCUAACUCCGGCCGUUGGUCAAGGAUGUAAUAGUCCUUGGCUUCCUCUGAAGGGUAUAGAGACAAUCUGGGCUGCUCAUUGUCAUCGCUCCAUCGUCGCUUACGUCCUGCGUGGGCGUCUUCUCCAACGAAGGGCAUUGUGGCGUGGUCCUUGCCAGUACUUGUGAGGCACGCACGGCGAGGCAAAAUUGAGUAUGGCAGCGAAACUAGUGUAGUCAAGAUUCGACACGGAACAAAACGCUAUUGAAGUAUCCCAGCGGCGCUAGAAGGAAGGCGAAUAAGACAGCAAUCGAGUAUGAGGGCGUGGAGGUGAGAGGAGGAGAUUGAGAACCAAAUAGGAUUGAAGGGGAGUGGUUAAGAGGAGUAACAGUGACUGGUCAACUAAGGUACCUAAAGAAGGCACCUGCUGUAACCUAGUGAAAAGUGGUUCCU